GGAAACAGACAUGGACUGUUGGUCCCAAGCAGUACAACAGACCAAGAGCUUCAACAUAUUCGCAAUAGUCUUCCAGAUUCUGUACGAAUUCAACGCGUAGAAAAAUGGGCAAUGUCACUACCUGCAAUGACUAUGUAGCUCUUGUUCAUCCAGAUCUCGACAGGGAGACAGAGGAGAUCUUGGCAGAUGUACUGAAGGUUGAGGUUUUCAGACAAACAGUAGCAGAUCAGGUGCUGGUAGGAAGCUACUGUGUUUUUAGUAACCAAGGAGGAAUUGUGCACCCCAAAACUUCAAUUGAUGAUCAGGAUGAACUGUCUUCGUUGCUCCAGGUCCCACUUGUGGCUGGAACGGUGAAUCGUGGCAGCGAGGUGAUUGCAGCAGGGAUGGUUGUAAAUGACUGGUGUGCCUUCUGUGGGCUGGAUACAACCAGCACUGAGCUCUCUGUCAUCGAGAGUAUUUUCAAGCUGAAUGAAGCUCAGCCAAGUACCAUUGCUACCAACAUGAGAGAUUCCUUGAUUGACAGCUUAACAUGAGCAGUGUUGGUCCCUACUUUCCAGGAAGCUCCUAAGCAGUGAAGUAUCGAGCUGCACUUGGGUUACAGGCAUCUGGACCUUCUGAUGUUGUUUCUGCAGGCCUAGCCCAAGGAAGAGG